UCAUGCAACUCGUCGUCUCUUGUGGUUGUGGUCUUCAGAGUGUUGUCGUACGGAAACCCUAAGUUGGUUGCUCUCGCCAUUUGCAGGUUAAUUUCCUGAUUCACUCAACCAAAGCUGUGUCAGAUGUCUGAACUAAUGGAGCGAUUCUCGGAGCUUUUUAGUGUCUCCUCUGAUUCCGUCACUUCCAAACGACGUUACCCUUGACAUCGUAGCUCGCGUACCCAGAAGCCACUACCCGACUCUCUCCCUCGUCUCCAAGAGUUUCCGGAAACUCAUCGCCUCGUCUAAGCUCUACAAGAGGCGAUCUCAGCUAGGUAUCACCCAAAACCGUCUCUUCGCCGUCCUCCGCAACAGCAACACCGGUGAUUUCAGUCUCUACAUCCUUCACAGGAAACUCAACUGCACUAACCGCUUGGUCCUUGUCCAGUCACUUCCCACCAUGUCUUCCCGUGGAAGCUAUGUCCCUGUUGGUUCGAAGGUGUAUGUGUUUAACGAUAUCGACGCGCUCAGCAUUGACUGCACAUCUCACACGGUGCAGCCCAUCCCCGACAUCCCUCAGCGCAUGUCCUUUAAAGUGGUUAACGCGGUCGGGAAGAAGGUUUAUGUACUCGGUGAUUCGUUUUGUCAUGUGAUUGAGGAGGGUGGUGGGUGGUGGAAAGGGUGGAGGAAGGCAGUGACAGUGUUCGAUACAGAAACACAAUCCUGGGGGGCUAAGUUGGUUAAGGAAGACAUGGCUGUAGGUCUAGGCCCCUUUUGGUCUGACUCUGUGGUGAUGGAGGGUAAGGUUUACUUGAAAGGCUGCAUCAACCGCAACUCUUUUGUUUAUGGACCAGUGGGAAAGAAAUGGGAAGUGAUGGACGAGACGAUGAACUCUGAGGACUGGGAAGGUGCGUGUGUGGUUGAUGAUGUCCUCUACUAUCACGAUUGUUCCGGGAAGGCGGUUUUGAGGGCUUUUGAUCGAAAGCAGAGGUGUUGGAGUGUUGUCAACGGUUUGGAAGAGUUUUUGGCGGCUGAGACUUCUCAGUCGAAGUGGUGUGAUGCGGUGAGCUACGGCGAGAAGAAGCUGGCUCUCUUCUUUCCUAAAAAACAUGAGGGCAGUAAGAUCAUUUGCUGUGCGGAGAUCGCUUUGGAAAGACGCCAAGGAGGAGAGAUUUGGGGUAAGAUGGAGUCGUGUGAUGUUGUCGUUGACGAUGGGGUGUCUGAACUGGUGAAGUGUGUGGCUGUUAGCGUUUGAUGCAAUGCAGCAUGAUAAUAACAUCUCUAUUUAGAUCCCUUCGUAUUUUAAAUUAUCCUAAAUGCCAUCUCGUGUGGUUGAUCGUUUAUGUUAAGACAAAACCUUGAGAGCGUGUUGUUGUUUAAAACUUUGCUACAUGUUUUGUUAAAUUUGCUAUGUUUUAUUUUUGAAUC